AUGUCAAUAUCGCUGGACCACAAGACGGGAGCGGUGUAUGCGGGCGCAGCGCUACUACGACUCCUCGUGUUUGUCGCCUUCCCCGACAUCACCGACUUCCUGACCACCCGAGUCGAGAUAUCGACCCCCAUAUCCAGUUUCAGGAGACUCCAGGAAGGUCUUUUUCUGUACCAACAUGGCUUAUCUCCUUACGAUGGCGGUGUCUUCCACCAGGCUCCACUACUCCUUGUCAUCUUUGAGAUAAUACCAUCUACGGUCGUCUUCGUCGGCCUGGACAUUCUCAACGCGAUGUCCCUCCAUUCUAUCGCAGAAAACCUGCGGAUUCCGAGCCCUCGGUUCCGGAAGCUGGACGGGCCACUCAUUGCAGCGGCUUAUCUGUUCAAUCCUUUCACCAUUCUGUCCUGUCUUGGGCGGAGCACCAGUCUCUUCACGAACGCGGCUAUCAUCCAAGCAGUCCUGUAUGCUUCCUCGGGAGAUGCCAUCCGAGCCAUGUUUGGCCUGGCCACUGGCACAUAUCUGUCCAUGUAUCCAGCUUUGCUCCUACCGCCGACUCUGCUCUUGAUCCACAAUCACAAAUCUCCGUCAACUUCCCUGACCACCUCGAUUCUAUCCUACGUUGGAGGACUGGCAGCCCUGUUGGCAACUGUGCCAGUCUUGACCCACGGCUUCUGGGACUUCCUCGCGUCGUGCUACGGCGCACAGAUCACUGUCCCUGACCUGACACCCAACGUCGGACUGUGGUGGUACUUCUUCAUCGAGAUCUUCGAUUCCUUCCGGGAUUUUUUCAUCGGUGUCUUCUGGCUGCACCUCGUCGGCUACGUUGGAGGCAUGACUCUCCGACUUCAGAAUCAACCUCUUUCUGUCAUUACCAGUCUCCUCGGCUUGUUCGCGAUCUUUAAACCAUACCCAAGCAUAGCCGACGUUUCGCUAUAUCUUGGGUUCCUGCCUUUGUACCAACAUGUUCUUCCCUUAACUCGAUACACAUUCAUAGCAGCUUCAGUCCUGCUGUACUCGACCCUCCUCGGGCCUGCGUUCCACCACUUGUGGAUAUACGCUGGAUCUGGGAAUGCCAACUUCUUCUAUGCCAUCACUCUGGUUUGGAGUCUGGGCCUCACAAUCCUUGUUGCAGACACCUUGUUCGCCGUGAUGCGUGACGAAUGGGAGAUGGAGCGACCGGAAAUGAAGGGUAAAAGUGUGCGCCAAAUAUAG